AUGAAUGAAGACAAUAUUAAAUAAGCAUAUAAAAUUGAUAGUUUUACAACAAGUGAUAAAGAUUUUGAUUUUGAUGAAAAAAUAUAAAAAAUAAAAGAAGGUUUAGAUUUAGAUUUAGAGAGCGAAAUUGAAGAAUGUAAUGAUUGGCAUGAGAUACGAGGAGACGUUAUUAAAAUUAUUAAAAAAAUAUAAUUACAUCAGAGAAAAUAGGAACAUUCAGAUGAAUCAAUUUAAGACGAAUAAUAAGUUCGCAAGUAAUUAAAAAAAUGA